AAAAACCACGGUUUUGAGGUUCUCUAUCACAGCGUGAAGCAGGGGCCCAUCUCCACCAAAGAGCUGGCAGACUUCAUUCGGGAAAGGGCUACCAUCGAAGAGACUUACUCGAAAGCAAUGGCGAAACUCUCCAAGCUGGCCAGCAAUGGGACCCCUGUGGGGACCUUCGCCCCGCUCUGGGAAGUCUUUCGUGUCUCCUCGGACAAGCUGGCACUCUGCCACCUGGAACUGACACGGAAGCUGCAGGACCUCAUCAAGGACGUGCUGCGCUAUGGCGAGGAGCAGCUCAAGACACAGAAGAAGUGCAAAGAGGAGGUGGUGGGCACUCUGGACGCGGUGCAGGUGCUCGCAGGGGUCAACCAGCUGCUGCCCAAGUCUCGUGACAAUUACCUGAACCGCUGCAUGGACCAGGAGCGCCUGCGCAGAGAGAGCACCAGCCAGAAGGAGAUGGACAAGGCCGAAUCUAAGACCAAGAAGGCAGCUGAGAGCCUGCGACGCUCCGUGGAAAAGUACAACUCGGCCCGGGCGGACUUCGAGCAGAAGAUGCUGGACUCUGCUCUGCGCUUCCAAGCCAUGGAGGAGGCCCAUCUGAGACAUAUGAAGGCGCUGCUGGGCUCUUUUGCCCACUCGGUAGAGGACACACAUGUACAGAUUGGGCAGGUCCAUGAGGAGUUUAAGCAGAACAUAGAGAAUGUCAGUGUGGAGAUGCUGCUCAGGAAGUUUGCAGAGAGCAAAGGCACAGGCCGGGAGAAGCCAGGGCCCUUGGACUUCGAGGCGUACAGCGCAGCUGCCCUGCAGGAAGCAAUGAAACGUCUGCGAGGAGCCAAGGCCUUCCGCCUUCCAGGACUGAGCCGGAGGGAGCGGGAGCCUCCAGCAGCCAUAGACUCCGGGGAGCCUGAUUCAGGGACCUGUCCAGAGGUGGAUGAAGAAGGCUUCACCGUGCGGCCAGAUGUGACCCAGAACAGUACAGCGGAGCCCUCGCGUUUCUCGUCUAGUGACUCUGACUUUGACGAUGAGGAGCCCCGGAAGUUCUAUGUGCACAUCAAGCCCGCCCCACCCCGGGCACCAGCCUGCAGCCCGGAGGCAGCCGCAGCCCAGCUCAGGGCCACUGCAGGCAGCCUCAUCCUCCCUCCUGGUCCAGGGGGCACUAUGAAACGUCACUCUUCACGGGACACCACUGGGAAACCGCAGAGGCCCCGAUCUGCCCCGAGGACCAGCAGCUGUGCAGAAAAGCCGCAAUCAGAGGAGCAGUUUUCCAAGAGCCUCUUUGGGCCGCCCCUUGAGUCAGCCUUUGACCACGAAGAUUUUACAGGGUCCAGCAGCCUCGGCUUCACCUCCAGCCCUUCCCCUUUCUCAUCCUCAUCACCUGAAAAUGUGGAGGACUCAGGCCUCGACUCCCCUUCCCACGUGGCACUCGGCCCCUCCCCGGACUCCUGGGUGACCCGGCCAGGCACCCCGCAGAGCCCGCCGAGCAGGAGGGCGCUGCCCCCCGAGUGUAGGGGGGCACGGGCCCCUCUGCGAUCUGACUCACCGCAGCCCCUCUCAGCGUCCCUGGGCCCCUGGGGGCUGGAGGCCGUGGGCGGAGGAGACCUGACAUCAUCCUCUGCUGACCUCACAGCCCGAGAGGGCCUGGCAGCCCCACCCCGAAGACCCCGCUCCAGGAAGGUGUCCUGUUCCCUCACCCGUAGCAAUGGAGACCUGUCUCGCUCACUGAGUCCCUCUCCACUGGGCACUGCCCCUGAAAGGCCCAGCUUCUCAACCCAGACAGGACACGGAGUCUCCCGAGGCCCAAGCCCUGUGGUCCUGGGCUCCCAAGAUGCCCUGCCCGUGGCCACAGCUUUCACAGAGUAUGUCCACGCCUACUUUCGUGGCCACAACCCUAGCUGCUUGGCGCGAGUAACUGGGGAGCUGACCAUGACCUUCCCAGCUGGCAUCGUGCGUGUAUUCAGCGGGACCCCGCCCCCACCUGUCCUUAGUUUCCGCCUUGUGCACACGGCCCCCAUUGAGCACUUCCAGCCCAACUCGGAUCUGCUCUUCAGUGACCCCUCCCAGAGCGACCCUGAGGCCAAAGACUUCUGGCUCAACAUGGCAGCUCUGACAGAGGCCCUGCAGCGCCAGGCAGAGCAGAACCCGGCUGCCUCCUACUAUAACAUGGUGCUGCUGCGUUACCAGUUCUCCCGCCCUGGUGCCCAGUCGGUGCCCCUGCAGCUGAGUGCCCACUGGCAGUGCAGUGCAGCCCUCACCCAAGUCUCAGUGGAGUACAGCUACCGGCCUGGCGCCACACCUGUGCCCACAUCACUCACUAACGUCCAGAUACUGCUGCCUGUGGGAGAGCCUGUGACCAACGUCCGCCUCCAGCCUGCUGCCACCUGGAACCUGGAGGAGAAGCGGCUCCUGUGGAGGCUUCCAGACGUGUCAGAGGCCGGGGGCUCCGGCCGCCUGUCUGCCAGCUGGGAGCCACGCUCAGGACCCAGCACCCCCAGCCCCGUGGCCGCGCAGUUCACCAGUGAGGGGACCACCCUGUCAGGCGUGGACCUGGAGCUCGUGGGCAGCGGCUACCGCAUGUCACUAGUGAAGAGGAGGUUUGCCACAGGAAUGUACCUGGUGAGCUGCUGA